ACAUCAUGUAUCAAACAGAGUUGUAAAGGCUCUUUUAAUCAGUCCUUUGGUCCCUUUGUUGUCACAAAUGAGUCAGUGUCAAGAAAAACAUUUUAAGGAAGUAGUUUUGGCAGAAACAGGAAACUCAACGCUGCAGUUUAUGUACCAAGACAAACUGAAACACUGAAUAGAUAUGUGAAACAACCUCAACAAAGAAGACUGGAAAUAUCACAAGAUAAGAUCACAAGAUGGAAGCUCAACAAGUGUGGCAUCUUUCUAUGGUGUCGACCUGGAUGAUUGUCUUUUUCUUCAUUUCUGUAUGCUCAGGAAUGAACACACUGAAACUCAGGCUGGAAAGCACAGUCUUUGUGGCCUUCACAGACGAAGAGAUCAACAUUACUUGUACGUUGGAGUUACCAGCAAACCAAAGCAGUGACAUCUUGACGUGCUCCAAUCCUCUCCAAAAUCAGAUUUAUAUCUGUGACGUCUCUGAGACAACCGACCAGACACAAAGUGUCAAACUGACGUUGGAGCUGAAAAACCUGAGAAUGUCAGGAGAAUACAGUUGCCAAUAUAAAACAGCCAAGGUGUACUGGUUUCUUCGAGUAAGAGGUGACGGCUACAGGGAUCUCGUAAUGUUGGAUAACACAGAAUUAAUCAUAGUGUCUGUCUUCACUGGUGUGCUGCUGGUUUUCAGUGUGGUUGGCUCAGUGUGUGUCUUCAGAGGACAUGGGAAGAAAUGCACCACUGAACGCGGCAACACCGGUAGAAAACGAAAGCAGAACAGAGAAGAAAUGAAGGAGACAGAGAUGGAGGAAGACAACAUGGAUGAAAUAACAGCUCCAUCAAUGUCUUUUUAUGCUAGUCUGGAGACUCGACCCAGGUCCAUUUAUGAUGUGCUGGAUCACUCAGCUGCCAACAGAGGGCCAGACCAAAGCAAAGCUAAACCAAAGAAGAGGGAACCCAACGUAACGAUGGCAAUACCCACACAAGACCAGGAUGAAGGUGUAUUUGAGUCAGUCUAUGAAAAUUUUUGAAUCAGAAAUAAACUUGUUUCACCAGGUUGUGAUAUUUAUAUAAGUGGCUGAGAUGACCUCAGUUUGCUUUGCUGUGUCGUUGUCACCUGUCAUAAUAAUAAUAAUAAUAAUCUUCUAUCUUGUUUUUUUUUUUUUUAUUUGUUAAAUACCAAAGUAGGCCUAUUAUCAGCAAAAUACACCCAAAGAACAAAAGCAAAAGUAGGCUAGGCUACUCAUCAUGCGGGGAAAAUGGCCUCUAUUUGUGUUACAUUAUAAUGUUUUAUAUUCUUUAUAUGGAUGCAUUGAUAUUGUAAUGUUGUAGCUGGUUGCAGUAAAACUAAUAUAAACUAUGUUAUUUACUGUUGUGAGGUCAGAUUUACUGUAUAAACAUGCCUCAUAGAUUCAAAAUAUGAUUUUGAAAUGAACUAGUAGGCUAACUUUGCUUGUCAAAUAAAUGUAGGGGAGUAAAAUGUAAAAUAAAAAGAACAAAAAAGU